CGCCCCUCCCGGCGAGCGAGCGGCGGCGACCAGGCGGCUCGCACUGGGUCCAUGUCCUCCGCGCCGCCGCGCUCGCCCGCCCCGCGCGCCCCCAGGAUGAAGAAGGACGAGUCGUUCCUGGGCAAGCUGGGCGGCACGCUGGCCAGGAAGAAGAAGGCCAGGGCGGUGAGUGACCUGCAGGAAGAAGGCAAAAGUGCCAUCAACGCGCCGAUGUCCCCUGCCUCGGCGGAUGUCCAACCCGAGGACACGCAGCUAGAGGAGAACGAGGAGCGCACGAUGAUCGACCCCGCCUCCAGGGAGGACCCCAAGUUCAAGGAGCUGGUCAAGGUCCUCCUGGACUGGAUCAAUGACGUGCUGGUGGAGGACCGGAUCAUCGUGAAGCAGCUGGAGGAGGACCUGUACGAUGGCCAGGUGCUGCAGAAGCUGCUGGAAAAGCUGGCAAACCGCAAGCUGAAUGUGGCCGAGGUGACUCAGUCCGAAAUAGGGCAGAAACAGAAGCUGCAGACAGUUCUGGAAGCCGUGUUCGACCUGCUGCGGCCCCACGGCUGGGCGCUGCGGUGGAGCGUGGACUCCAUCCACGGGAAGAACCUGGUGGCCAUCCUGCACCUCCUCGUGGCCCUGGCCAUGCACUUCAGGGCCCCCAUCCGCCUUCCCGAGCACGUCUCUGUGCAGGUGGUGGUGGUCCGGAAGCGGGAAGGCCUGCUGCAUUCCAGCCACGUGUCGGAGGAGCUGACCUCAACCACAGAGCAGAUGAUGGGCCGGUUUGAGCGGGACGCCUUUGACACGCUCUUCGACCACGCCCCGGACAAGCUCAACGUGGUGAAGAAGUCUCUCAUCACUUUUGUGAACAAGCAGCUGAACAAACUGAACCUGGAGGUGACGGAACUCGAGACCCAGUUUGCAGAUGGCGUGUACCUGGUCCUGCUCAUGGGUCUUCUUGAAGACUACUUUGUCCCCCUGCACAACUUCUACCUGACCCCGGAGAGCUUCGACCAGAAGGUCCACAACGUGUCGUUCGCCUUUGAGCUGAUGUUGGAUGGUGGACUCAGGAAACCCAAGGCUCGUCCUGAAGAUGUGGUGAACCUGGACCUGAAGUCCACCCUGAGGGUCCUGUACAACCUCUUCACCAAGUACAAGAACGUGGAGUGACGGGGCCAGCCAGGCCCUCUCAGGGAGGCGUCCUCGGCGCUGCCCCGGCUGCAUGACCCCGUCCCUGCCUGGCUUUGGUGGCUAUUCACCUGCUCUCCUUGUGACUCCGCAUGGUUGAGACCUUUGAAAAUGCAGCCCUGUGAACGGGUUGGGCUCCAGGUGUCCUCUUCUGUCCCUCGGGGCCUGCUGAGGAGCUCGUCUGUGUCAUCGAAAGAUGACACAGAAAAGCUCAGGCUCAAACCCGGGGGCCGCGCUGCUCCCGCUGGUGCAUAUGAGUGGUCAUGGGUCACGGGCGCUCACAUCCACCCUGAGCUGUGCGUGGACUUGGGAAUCUCCCGGGCAGCGCUGCCCUUGGAGGAGGGGCCCUUUUGGUAAAGGAUUUUACAAUUAAAAACCCUA